AUGAGCCCAAUCCUAUCCCAGGUCUAUAUCACCCUGCUGGGAAUUUGCACAAUGGCCUUCACCGAGGCCCUUCUUCCCCACAGCGACUGCCAACUGCCACUUGACUUCCCUCCAGUAGUGAGAGCCAGUAUAGGCAGCGGCGGGCAAAUCCGUAGCCUACGCAUUGAGAUCAGAAACCGCUCUCUGUCGCCUUGGGACUACAUCAUUAACAUGGAUAAAAAUCGAUUCCCUGCUGCGUUGAAUGAAGCCAGUUGCCUCCAUCGCGGCUGUUUGGAUGAAGAAGGGAACAUAGACCUCAACCUCGUGUCCUCCCCUAUCCGACAGGAGAUCCUUGUUCUGCGCAGGGAGGUGAAAGGCUGCACCACGAGCUUCUGGCUGGAGAAACAAACUGUCACCGUGGGCUGCACUUGGAGCAUGUCUUCCACUAUCCCCAGCAAACGUAUUUCCGAUGUACAGGCCCCAGUGAAUGACAAGUGUCCACUUCUGUCCAAAACCGGAAGACCUGUGGACAUUCCCACACCAUCUGACAAAAUGUAG